CACCCUAACUCAUGUUUGUUACUGACGCUUAUUUUAAUGCAACACGUGUUGGCAAUCCAGGGCUCUUUAUAUUGGGCAUACGUCCCCGACCCACCCCUGUUACAGCCCGUGGGAUGGGAUAUGAGCCCUCUUCCUGUGUAUGUCAAUGAUAUUGUCUUGCUAGGCCCUCCCUCUUCUGUUCAUCUCCGGCCACAGCAGGCUGCCAUAUCCUACAGGGGCUAUUCUGACGUAUAUCCCAUAUGCUUUGCGAUGAAGCGCACAAUACCACGCUGUUUGAGUGUUUCCCCGCGAACUAGUUGCAGUGAUGUGAGUAUAGCUAGCCUUGACACUACCAAUAGCACCAUGGUGACCUCUGGUAUAGCCCCACGGGAUAUUCCACUUUGUGCAGCUAACUUAAGUAUCGCUAAGGGGAUUGGAAUACCCUGGAGGCUCUGCCAAGGACAAAAUGCUACUAAGUACUCACUAGAAGAUAGAUUUGAGCUCUGGGAUUGGGGGCCUAUAAUAUCUUCCGGAUGUCCUGAAUGCCGUCCGAAAAUACCCCCAAUUCUCACUCCUCAGUGCGGCUACCCGGUGCAAACUGAGAUAUGGAAACUUAUUGCCGCUUUUGGAAACGCCACUCAAGUAUCUCUUGGCUCUGUCAGCGAUUGGGUUAGUAUGUUAUAACAAUCAGUCUCAUUCCUCAAAAACUGGGCAGGCAUAGGAGCCCUGAUUAUGUUGAUGAUUCUGGCUCAAGUACUCCUUCUAACAUGCAUCUGUAGAAUUGCGCGACAACAGCGGCUAUAGCAACGGGCUU